CGCCGCUGUUCGGAGGCAUCUCAAUGUCGCGACAUCAUCAUAAUUUGUGGUCGGAUGACAACUGAUGCGUCGUCAAACAACAUUGCAACUCCUGUGUCAGAUCAUCGUGUUGCCAAAUUAUAUUUUAUAUCGUCAUCGCACGAUGCGACUGUAAGUGCGAUAACAUGGAGACCCUUGCUAGGAGUUGUGUGGUUGUCGCCACAGUAAUAUUUAUCGGAGCUUUCUUGCAACAGCUACCAGGAGUUGCCGGGGGUGGCUGCGGCUGCUCACCGCUCUGGACCGCCUACAACGGCUACUGCUACAGGUUCUUCAACGAUCGGAACAUAUCCUGGAUAGACGCAGAGCUUCGUUGCAGGUCGUUCUCGAUCCCGUGCGGUGACUCGACCUCCAGCCAAACCAUCGCUCACCUGGUCUCUGUUCAUUCCCAAGAAGAAAUGGAUUUCCUGACCGCGAUGUAUGAAUCUCUUCGACCAAAACGAGGUCCAAGCCGGGCGUGGAUAGGUCUCCACGACAGAGCCUCUGAGAACUGUUCAGAAUGGAUCGACGGGACGACGGUGAACUUCACGGACUGGGGGACGGGCCAGCCUAAUGAUCGCAAUGGCUUCCAUGACUGCACGUUCUUCGCAAGAUGGGGCGAUUAUAAAUGGAACGAUAUGGGAUGCGAUCCCGACAACGUCGAAUCGUACAUCUGCAAACAUCCCAAAUGGUGAACAAUCGUGAAAGUACAUUAUACUAGGUGCAAGUUAGAGAGGGGAAAACACAUUUGUAACAGGAAUUUUUGCACAGCCAAUUAAGAGGCAUCGCCAUUAGUAGGCCAUCUAAUUGUGCACAGUGUCCAGGAAUUCCUGUAUUUGUAUGCGUAAAGGGCAAUUGUACACAACUGUAGAGCUCAUUGAGACGACUGCUGGAUCAUGAAAUUAUGUUAUCAUUUUUCAUUUCUGCACCGAUGGUACAUUCUAUGAUACACAGGUGAAAGCAUUCUUUUCAGAGGGCAAACAACAGGUAUUCAUGACAUUAAGCACCUCCAUCACUUUGGCAGUGAUUAUUGUAAAACGCUCAAAGUGGGAAGUCUCCAUGUGUAAAACAUCUGUGGCUAUUUGGCAGUCACUAUUUGGCUUAUUUCACCAUUAUACCUGGACAUGACGUCGUAUUAAGUUUUACGACGAAGUUCCGUAACCAGGUAAUUGUUCUCAACACUGCUCAAAGUGAAAAGAAAGAUCACUGAUGCUGAUUACGGAACGCAAAAUAUAAGUGUGUCACUUUAGUAUUGUGUGGUUAUGAUUAUAUUUUAAAAUAAGUUAUUUUGUUAUGCAAACAAUCUGUCCAAUAGCUGGACGAAACCAGUUUUUAGACCGUUUCCGAUGACAGCAUAGAUUGGUAAGAUUACAUUUACACGUCACCACCAUUACUAAUUAGAACCAGGAGAGUUUUUAUAUAUUUUUGUAUUAAAUGUUCA